GUAACGUCAGACGCACACAGACUAGAGCUCAAGACAGAAGUGGAGAAAGAGUUCAACACGUGCUCUCUGUUAACAGUGUAAACUGCCGAACACAAAACUUAAUCUCACUUGAAAUUCGCAACUAAUUUGAAAUCUUACGAUGCCAGCCCAAAUCAUCAGCGGGAAAACGAUCUCAGCUCAGGUAAGAGGGAGACUGAAGGAAGAGGUGGAAGGCAUGAGAAUGACUCAUCCCAAUUUCAAACCAGGUCUUGUGGUGUUACAGGUGGGAGACCGAGAGGACUCAAACUUGUACAUCAGCAUGAAGCUAAAAGCAGCUGCUGAGAUCGGGAUCAGUGCUGUGCAUAUGAAGCUUCCACGGACUGCAACUGAAAAUGAGGUUAUGCACCGUGUAAUGGAAGUAAAUGAGGACUCCAAAAUUCAUGGGCUCAUUGUCCAGCUGCCCCUUGACUCCAUCCACACUAUUAAUACAGAAAGGAUUAUCAACAGCGUGGCUCCAGAGAAAGAUGUGGAUGGACUGACGAGUAUAAAUGCAGGGAAACUGGCACGUGGUGAUCUUGGAGACUGUUUUAUCCCAUGUACUCCUAAUGGAUGUAUGGAGCUCAUCAAACAAACAGGUGUGUCACUGGCAGGAAAAAGGGCUGUGGUAAUUGGCCGCAGCAAGAUUGUUGGUGCACCAAUGCAUGACCUUCUCCUUUGGAAUCAUGCAACUGUACUGACCUGUCAUUCAAAGACUGCAGACUUGGCCUCUGAGGUGGGUAAGGCAGACAUAUUGGUGACUGGGAUUGGUAAACCAGAGAUGGUUCGCGGAGAGUGGCUGAAGGAUGGUGCCAUUGUCAUUGACUGUGGUAUUAACACCAUCACAGACAACAACAGGCCAAGUGGGAAGAGAAUUGUUGGAGACGUUCACUAUGACUCUGCUAAAGAUAAGGCUGCAUUUAUUACACCUGUACCAGGAGGAGUCGGUCCAAUGACUGUAGCCAUGCUCAUGCAGAACACAGUUCUGAGUGCCAAGCAUUUCCUUCAAGCACAAGAACCUGGGAAGUGGAAUAUAAGUUACACCAAACUGAACCUGCAGCGGCCUGUUCCAAGUGAUGUCACUAUCUCUCGCUCCUGUGCACCUAAACCUAUUGAAUGCCUUGCUAAGGAAGUUGGUCUUUUUUCGGAUGAGGUAGAGCUCUAUGGCAGGACCAAAGCCAAAAUCCAACUGAAAACGAUUGAUCGACUGCAGGCUCAACCUGAUGGCAAAUAUGUGGUUGUUACUGGAAUCACUCCAACUCCUCUGGGUGAAGGAAAGAGUACAACUACAAUAGGGUUGGUUCAAGCACUUGGGGCUCAUCUGAAACUUAAUGCGUUUGCCUGUGUGCGCCAACCAUCACAAGGUCCAACAUUUGGCAUCAAAGGUGGUGCUGCUGGUGGGGGCUACUCGCAAGUUAUUCCAAUGGAAGAGUUCAAUCUCCAUCUGACUGGUGACAUUCACGCCAUCACAGCAGCCAAUAACCUGGUAGCUGCUGCAAUUGAUGCUCGUAUGUUCCAUGAAGCCACACAGUCUGAUAAGGCUCUAUUUAAUCGGUUGGUACCCUUGAUUGGAGGUCAGAGGAAGUUUUCCCCAGUUCAGAUUUGCAGACUUGAAAAACUAGGUAUAAAGAAAGUGGACCCCAGCGAAUUAACAGAAGAGGAGAUUGCAUGCUUCGUCAGGUUGGAUAUUGACCCUGAGUCCAUAACUUGGCAGCGAGUGCUGGACACAAAUGAUCGUUUUUUGAGAAAAAUCACCAUUGGCCAAUCACCAACUGAGAAGGGAUUCACCAGAACUGCCCAGUUUGACAUCACUGUAGCCAGUGAGAUUAUGGCAGUUUUGGCUCUCACCACCAGUCUGGCUGACAUGAAGGAGAGACUUGCAAAAAUGGUCGUGGCCACCAGUCGCAGUGGUCAGCCUGUCACCACUGAGGAUUUGGGAGUGUGUGGAGCUCUGGCAGUACUCAUGCGAGAUGCUAUCAAGCCAAACCUCAUGCAGACACUUGAGGGAAACCCUGUGUUUGUUCAUGCUGGACCGUUUGCAAACAUUGCACAUGGAAACUCUUCAAUCUUGGCCGAUAAAAUUGCUCUGAAACUAGUUGGACCUCAGGGAUUUGUGGUCACUGAAGCAGGUUUUGGAGCAGAUAUUGGAAUGGAGAAAUUUUUCAAUAUAAAGUGUCGAUACUCUGGUCUCAAGCCUCAUGUUGUGGUCUUGGUUGCCACAGUUCGAGCACUUAAGAUGCAUGGAGGUGGUCCAACGGUCACUGCAGGCACGCCUCUGCCAAAAGAAUAUAUUGAAGAGAAUCUGGCACUGCUGGAAGCCGGCUGUAGUAACAUGAGGAAGCAAGUGGAGAAUGCUCAGCUUUUUGGGGUUCCAGUAGUUGUGGCUGUCAACGCUUUCAAGACGGACACAAAGGCUGAACUGGAUCUGAUUUGUAAACUAGCCAAAGAGGCAGGAGCGUUCGAUGCUGUGCAUUGUUCUCACUGGGCUGAUGGAGGUGCUGGUGCUGCAGAUCUGGCUAGAGCAGUGCAAAAAGCAGCAGACUUGCCUAACAGCUUCAGAUUUCUUUAUGACAUUGAGUUACCUAUUGUAGACAAGAUCAGAAUCAUUGCACAGAAGAUCUAUGGUGCAGAUGACAUUGAACUUCUUCCAGAGGCCCAACAUAAGGUGGACCUGUACAGCAAACAGGGUUUUGCAAGUCUACCCAUAUGUAUGGCAAAAACUCAUCUGUCUCUGUCACAUGAUGCUGAAAAGAAAGGUGUGCCUACUGGAUUUGUUCUUCCAAUUCGUGACAUUCGUGCCAGUGUUGGGGCAGGCUUUCUUUACCCACUGGUUGGCACAAUGCCGACGAUUCCUGGCCUUCCUACUCGUCCAUGUUUUUAUGACAUAGAUCUCGACACUGAGAGUGGAGAGGUUCAUGGACUUUUCUAAGUUUUUUGGGAUUACAGGUUGUGGCAGUCCACACUGGAUUAAAGACUUCUUCGAUCAGAGGUUGUUAUUUCUAACAGAACAGAUGUGCUGUCAUAACUUUUGAUAUAUUCUGAUCUAUAACAUUUGUCUAUUUUCCUAAUUAAAAUUUCAAAUAAAUAUUUGUAUUAAACUACACUACACUGAGCUAAAAAAAAAAAUAAUUCCAAAAGUACAUUUUUUUUUCUUUAUUAAUUGUCAUUUCUGAACUAAUUUUGUACUAUUUCUGUUAAUAACGGUUUUCAAUUUAUAGGGUUUCUAUCAACUUUUUUUUUUCACUUUUCAAGUGCCAAACGAGAGUAAAAACUGACUUUGAGAAAAAAACCUAAGUCUAUACUAACAAUUGUCAGAUACAUAUUUUUGAUUCUGUUUGAAUGCAUUUACCUUGUGAAUACAAAAUUCAAACAAAUUGUUUCUGAGCCUCUGAUACAGUAUAAUUAAUCUGUGUUUGUAAUGACAGUUUUCCUUAAAAUAAAAAAUCUGAAAAGAAA